AUGCCGUUUGCGGACCCUACGCUUGCCACGCUGCCGGUUCGGUCUGGUCGCUGCUGCUUUGCUGACGGAAUGGCUGACACUGUCCCUGCCGUCAUAACUUUGACAGCCGUAUCCGCCGCGCUAUGCGUUGCCGGCACUUUGGUGCGUGUACGGGUGCUGAUACGCCUGUAUGGUAGCGAUACUGGGGUUGAUUCGCUCAAUGAAAUCGGAAUACUGCUGGCCGAAAAGUCAAGUGUUCCCGGCGCUGUUACUUUGCCACCCGCCAUCCCACCGCCGUUGCCGAUCGUCAACGGGCCACGGAAAGCACAGCACCUUCUGAAGACCGCUGCACUCAAAAGACAGACUGUGCUAAAGAGCAUCGCAUGCUAUACGCGCUUGUCGACGCAGCAUGCAUCGCUCGAACUAGUUUAA